GGACUAGGUGGUUUUCCUACUCUAAAUCUAUGAAUUAAAAAAAAAAAGAUAUUCUUUGCUUACCAGUACUCUCUCUACCUCCACUUUCUAAUAAAAGAGCAUUUUUAGAUAAUAUCUUAUGUAUCAUUUCUUGUACUCCACUCUUCAGUCAAGAAAAAUGAUUGAGAUAGAAGAAGGAAAAAAAAUUCUAUGAGCUUAUGCAAGUAAUCUUAUUUUUUUCCUUCCUUCCUUCCUUCCUUCCUUCCUUCCUUCCUUCCUUCCUUCCUUCCUUCCUUCCUUCCUUCCUUUUUUCCUUCCUUCCUUCCUUCCUUCCUUCCUUCCUUCCUUCCUUCUCCUCUUUUUCUGCUUCUCUUCCUCCUCCUUCUUCUUUUUUUAGAAAAUGUGCAUUCCAGUAUACUGUAAAUACAAGUUUCAUGACACUCCUGUUCACCAAACUCAAGGACGACCCUAUGGAACACAUAUCUAUUUUGAUGAUAUCAAUGUAAUCCUCAUAGGGGCACUGGACUCUCGAAAUCUGCGUGAAUACCUGGAAGGACCACCAAUGGAAGUUGAAAUUCAUGAUCGAGAUAGAAAAGAGGACAUUUUUUUAGCUGAACCUUCUCUGUUUGGGGAAGAUUCAGCAGAUGCAAAUUUGACCAAUAUGAGUCAUAUUACUUACAUGGCUGAAAACCCAUUUGAAAGCAUUAACAAAAAGUGGGAUCCUUAUGGGAUUGCUAAGGUCAGUUUUGCUGAUCUGCUGCUUGGCCAAAAGUUGAUGGACUUAUUUGUGCCCAUUCACAGAUGUAAAACUGAAUACACUUACUUCCAAAAGGAUGGCAGAGCAUAUAAGAAAACCUUUGGUGGUCACGAUCCAAUGGAUACUCUGAAGACUUUUCCAAUACCCAUGGGCAAAUACUUGGACUACUCCUCAAUGCUUAGAUUGAGGAUAGAAUUAUGUGCGCCCCUGAAGUUGGAUGCAGGGAUAGAUGUGGGUGAAAUUUCAAGUGAACGAUAUGGGCGCAUAAUUUAUAUAUUUGAUCCUUCAAAAACUGACUUCAAGAGGGCUCUCCUGAACGGCAUUACGGAAAUCAAUGCCAAAGCUCUCCACUUGGAAUCUUACCCUUUUGAUGAUAUUCAAGAGGCUCUUUCAGCCUUUAAGGUGAAAAUUAGAAUACAGGCAAAGCUAGACCAAGAUGUGAUCACUGGAUUCCAUUUGUUUGAUGGACAAAUUCACCUCUUUAUUUUAGAAGGAUUGGCACAGCAAGGACUGAGGAAGUUAUGGGAACAAUUUCCAAAUCGUGCGCCAGAUUCAGAAGGAAUAUUUCAAGUACUUUAUAACUCGGACUUAACAUUUCAUGAACGCCUCUACUCGGAUCUGGAUGCAGUGAUAUACCAUAUCCAUCUCUGCAAACCUCUUUCAUCUUUAGUGAGAGAGUCGGUGAUUUAUGUCAGAGGACUAAUUCCGCAACCAUCCUUUCAGGCCCUGAUAAAGCUUGACACCAUCUGUCAUAGCAAGAAACUCAAGGAUGUUAUAGAAAGAGAUUUGUUGCCUUCAGCAGAAAUGGUAAAAUGCAUGAGCGAAGAAUUCGGGGUUCCUGUUAGUAGAUCAGAGUUGUUAACUCCAGCCCCAGUGAAGAAAUUACCAUCUGUUUUAAAGAUAGAAAGACCAGAAAGAAAAGUGUACAGUUUUCACUCCCUAAUCAAAUUACAUCAAGAAAAGUAUCUACAAUGGAAAAAAGACAUGGAAAUAAAAAGGGCCAUUGCACCAUCCUACAUUCAGAAAAACUUUUUUAAAGCAGCUCUUUCUAGAAGGCUCUCCCAGCGACCUAAAGUGAAAACAAUCAGAUUUAUUCCUACUGAUGGGAAAUCCGUACAUAACUACAGCACUCAUACGUUCAAUUCAGGGGAGCUGGCAAAGCAGCAGUUGGUUGCUCAGAUGGACAAGGAACGAGAAAAAAGGUUCACUUACUCUAAAGAAUACCUUGGAUCCUUUCCAGAACCUGUGGGCCUGACCCGUAAGAAACCCAAAUCUAAGUUCUGGCUUACUCCAGAAGGAUUUCAAGUCCCUGGAUAUCAAACUAGUUAUGAAAGUAAUCAACACCCCAAGAAACCAGAUCCAAGUCGGAUAGAAGAAUUAAAAGAGCCAUGGCAAGAGAAUAGUUUGUUUGCUUAUCUCCUAAAGCCUUUCCUUGUUAGGGAGAGGAUGAAGUGGGAACAGCGGCAUUUGGAUUUUGACCUUUACAAGAAACCACCUUCUAUUCUACCUCUUCCCGUGGACAAAUUUUCUGCAAAAGCAUAGACACAGCAAGAACCAGGAGCUUGAAGUCAAAGAGUAGCUUACUCUUCUCCACCGGAGGGUCUCUGCAUCCUGGCUGGGGUUCUGGGCCGGCAGGAGGGGAUGGACGUUGCCUUAUGUUGGGGCAUAUGGAAGAUGCCCGGAAGCCCAAAGUAGCCUUUCUUCUGGGGAGGCUGCUCUCAGAGGAAGAUGGAGUUAGGAGGCAGAAGGGAUACCUGUCUCCUCUUCUCAGAUUUAGAGGCCAGCAAUGGAAGGCAUCAACAAGAGAUGGAAGUACCUUUCACAUUUCCUGGGACCCUUUCUUGUCUUAAGUGUCUGUGAUCCUAAAUUCACCCAUAAGAUGAUAGGAUUUUGAGUCGGCAGCCACCUUAGUCAAGCCUUAUUCUAUAGAUGAAUAAAGAGUUAUAAAGAGAGGAAGAGAUUUUGCCCAGUGUUCUUCUGUUUUGGAAAUUCUACUAUUAUGGCUGAUCUGGCUCCAGAAAUGGCUGAUAUUAGAGUCUCUCCAUAGACUGAAGGCAAGAGAGGCCUUGAGAAAGGCAAAGUUCCAUAGUUCUUUUCUUUGGGGUCUCAUGCUUAUCAUGGCAAAAGCACAGCAGGUGUAGAUUUGGGAAUCUUCAAAAAACCAGAUCUAUUUACAGUUAUGAAGUUAAGAGAAAAUCACCAUUAUGGCUACAGUAUUUGUGACUAAUGGAAAGGCUCCUUCCAACAUGACCUUCCAAGACUUAGCAUUAGAAUACUUGGGGGAGAAGGGUGGUGGUGAAGCUGCUUCAGAGAGAGCCAGCUCCUGGAGUAGAUUUUUUCUCUUUCUCUUGCCCCUUGGCUGGCAUUUGAUAAUUGCUGGUUAACUGAUUGAUCAAUUAACAAUGGCCUCAGUCAUAUUCCUCGCCCUUCUCGUUUUGGGCCCUGCCAUGGCCACACUUUAUCCAAUGGCUGACCAAAUGUGAGUAAAGGACAGGCAGAAACUGUUUUAGAACAGGACGACCCCACCGGAGCUUUAUCUGACUCUGUCCAGGAUGGCCAAAUUCAAUCUCUAUCUACAUACCAGCAAACUAUCAGUUUUUUAAUUUGCGUUUGUGUCUUGGGGGAAUGAGGCAGUUACUAUAGGGUGGUUUUGGUCUGUUUUGUAGUAGGGCUGGUUAUCAGCACCUGGAGAGGUAGGGUUUUAGUGAGUUCACAAAUACCAACUGAUUGUUUGAAGUAUGACUUUCUUUCA